CAACAGCUUUAAUGCACGUCUUUUAAAAGAAAAGUCUCGCAUCAGAAAAACAUUUAAGAAUUAUGUUUUUUGUUGUUGAUGUCGUUUCUUUGGCCGUGCACUCCGCGAUCCACCCUAUACUAUAGUACAGUGCAUAGUAUGCAGUACAGUAAAUGAGUUUUUGUGAUGAUAUGGCUCCCUCGUGUGGCUGUGCUGCAGCUGCGUCUGUGUAUAAGGUUUCCGAUGCUGUCCGAAAGUUCCCGACGGUUUCCGAAACUCUCCGGCAGUCGUGCCAGUUUUUCCGCCCUGUCCGCGUCUCGGAGCCGGGAUCUGCUUCUGCUUCUGCUUCUGCUUCCGACCGUGGCCUUCAUCUCUGGAGCAGCAGCGGCAUCCAGGCGUUAUUUACCGUCAUUUAACGCGUUUGUUUGGUGUAACGCUUGGCGAAUAAAACGGAGUGCAGUGAAGCGACGAGCUUUUGUUUCUGCGCUGGACUGAACGAGUCCAGAACACAUCAGACCAGCGCAAACCACCACCAUCAUCUUCAUCAUCAUCUUCAUCUUCAUCUUCAUCAGUGUGGAUGUGCUGGAGUUCAGCUGAUGCAGUAGCAGGUUAUUUCUGCUCGUCUGUCUCAGGGUGAGCAGAGGAAGAGAGAGAGUGAGAGACACAGACAGCCGUCUAUCUUUCUCUCUCUCUCUCUUCACCUGUGUCCGCAGCAGCAGCGUCUCUGUAAGGCUCUGGUCUCUGUGGCGCAGCUUCUGUCCAAACCAUGACAUCACCCCCGUCCCCGCUGGCCUCCCCGUCCCCGUGUCCUCCUCCCCCUCCCUCGCUCCCGUCCUCCCCCACGCUCUGCUCUCCCGCCCCGUCCUCGCUCCCCCUGCAGCCCGCUCUGCCGCCCACCGGAGAGGUCAUGAUUCUGGCUCUGGGCCGUAAGAAGCAGCGGCUCCUCAUCGCUCUCUCCAUUCUGCCCAACCUCUUCCUGGCGUUCCUGCUGUCCUCCGACCCGCUCCUGACCCUGGCCCCGCCCUUCUGCUGUCGUCUCCUGCGACCCUCGCCCGCUCCUCAGGUGACCAACGCCUCCGUGAGGACGGAGAAAAGAGACGGAGAUCUGCCCCAGUGCAAGCACAUGCUCGUCAACGGCACGCAGUCGUGUGUGAAGGACUGUGAUGCUGGAUACGACUACAAUGUCACCGAAGGCCUGACCAAUAAUAUCGUCACAGAGUGGGAUCUGGUGUGUGCGCGGUACUGGCUGGUUCCAGUCGAGGAGGUGUGCUUCAUUCUGGGGACGCUGACAGGCUGUCUGGGUUUGGGCUACACGGCUGACCGACUGGGCAGGCAGAAGUCUCUGCUGGUGUCUCUGAUGCUGGCGGUGGUGUUUGGGGUGCUGGUGUGUGUGUCGCCCUCACCGCCCGUCUUCAUCACCAUGCGCUUCUGUCUGGCCGCGGCGAGCGCCGGCGUCUUCCUCACGCUGUACGUCACACGUAAGUCAAACACAAGUCAUAAACAUCAGAGCUUGUUUGUCGUGAUGUUACGCUAUGAUCCUAUUAAUGCACGAAGCUGUUCUUUUAGCUGGCAUUUAAAGAUGUGUUUGUUUGUCUUCAGGAUCCCGGGAGUGUUUCCCGAAUCGCCGCGCUGGCUUCUGCUCUCCGAGAGAACGGGAGACAUGAAUUCCUUCAGCGAGCGGCAGAGAGACGACGACAGCUUCUCAGAGUUGGACACGGAGUCGUCCUCGUCUCCUAGACGUCCUCAUCUGUCUUUCCCAGAGCUGCUUCAUAGCAGAAACAUCUGGAAAAACCUGUGUGUGCUGGGAUUCACUUCGUUCAUCUCUCAUGGCAUCAGUCACUGCUACAGCUCCUUCAGAGGUGAUGUCAGAGGAUUCACCCCCAGUUUCUAUUGGACGUACCUGCUGUCUGUAUGUGCAGGGGGCGGGGCCUGGCUGUUGCUCUGGGCAACGGUGGACCGGUUUGGUCGCCGUGGAAUUCUUCUUCUAGCCAUGACCUUGACCGGACUGGCCUCCCUAAUCCUGCUCGGACUCAUGGACUAUCUGAGUGAGUCAGCCAUGACUGUGUUCUCUAUAAUGGGCCUGUUCUCGUCCCAAGCGGCCGCCUCUCUCUCUAUUCUGUUCACCGCUGAAGUCAUGCCCACCAUCAUCAGAGGAAGUGGUGUGGGAGCGGUUAUGGCUUUGGGUUGCGUGGGCCGCCUCAGUUCUCCUCUCAUGAAUCUGCGUAAUCACUACGGCUACUUUCUGCACCAUGUGGUCUACUCAUCUCUGGCCCUGCUGGCGGUCCUCUCCAUCCUGCUUCUCCCGGAGAGCAAACGCAAACCUCUUCCACAGACGCUGGCGGAUGGAGAACAGUACCGCCGUCCUCCGCUGGGCCGAAGACGUAGGGAUAACGUUCCUCUUCUGGCUACGCCAAACCCAGAGACCUAGCCUUCACUCUUCAACCACAAAUACUGAGGGACUGACCUCGGAGUCCCGUCCUAAUAAUCCUGUAUUUGUAGUCAUUCCUAACACGUGUCGGUGGAGUCGUGGCACAUGGACUCCGUCAUGAAGUAUGAGGGGUGAAGGGUACCGAAGCACGUCCACUGAGUAUGCAAACUUGUCAGCGCACAGUGGCAUAAACAAGGGCAUACACUUUUAAUUAAACAUCGUCUGACCCAUGUAGCAUUCGGUGACUUAUUAGUAAUAUAUUAGACCAAUAUGAGAUAAGGGCUCAAAAUGACAGAGGUCGUUUUGAAACAUAUUUAUCCCUUUCAAAACAGGCUGAAGUUCUCACUCCAGAUGGAAGGAGGAUGGAAUUGGUUCUCUUAGUACUUUAACUCAUUGCUGCUAAGAAUGGCGCGCCUAGAGGAUCGCUGCAGGACUGAUCGAGGAUUAUUUAUGUGCACUCUGAUUGGACUGAGGCAUGAUACUAGAAACACGUAUUAUUGUAUGUUACGUCACUCUUUGUUAAAGGAGUAUUAUAGGAAUGCACCUUAAGUUGUAUGUGCAGAAGCUGGGACGUGUUGUCAGUUACUCCAGAUUAGGGCUGUCACGAUACUAGAUUUUACACACGACGGUUAUUGUGGCCAAAAGAAUUCACAAUAUCGAUAUAUCGUGAUGUCUAUAGAAACCUUGGGGAAUCAGCCAAAUUCAGUUAAUUCAGUUUUAAUGUGCGUCUAGAACGGCUGCAGAUGAGGCAUUAAAUGCAUGGCACUGCGACCAACGUAAGAUUUUACAGAGUUUAAUGUAGCAAUGUAGUCGCUCAGUUUUUCUAGUUUUGAAUUGAAUAUCACGGUUAUCGUCAAUACCGGUAUAUCGCGACAACCCUACUCCAGAUUUUAUUGUUGACUGUUGCACAAUCAGGUGAUAACUUUUGUUGCAGAUGGAUUAGAGUCCAAACAUAACAAAAUAACAGAAUUUGUGCUGUAAAAAAAUGCAUCCUUCAUAUCUCUGCUUUUAAAACCUCUAGUGCAGAGUGGUUCCCAACCCUGGUCCUUGAGGCACCCCAACACGGCACAUUUUGCAU